AGCAAAAGGCAAAGAUAGAUAAAAUGGCAUUAAUAUAUAGAUGCGUUCUUACUACGGUCUAAUGGUGUAUAUAUAUAUUCUUGUCAUUAUUGUACGUCGUGAUCCCCUUGGUUUUCCGUUUGUGUUACACAGCACGGCGCCACGGAAUAAAGUCAUUGUUGCCCUAACUUGACAUCAUGGAAUAGUGUACUGUCGCAAAAACGCAGCACGCCACGGAAUACGGCAAGAUGGAACACGUUGAGAGGUGUGCAUGAUAGUCUUCAGAUUUACUAAAUAUGACUAAAUUGUGCAAUUCGACGUUUAAUACUUGUCAGAUAAGUUACAGAGAGGAACUAACGUUAAAUCGAUGACGUUUUGCCACUUGGCCGACGCGCUUGGCAGCUGGAUAAGUGUUGGAUAUGUUUCUGGCAGUUUGCAAAAAUAAUUUCUUCAGCUGUGUGAGGGGGCAUGUACCUAGCCUCAAGAGUAAUGUUGCCACUGUUCAAUGCCAAAAAUUGUUCAAAGGAGCGCCACAGAAAUGGGGUCCGAAAACCCCCUGGAAAACGACCGUCGGGGAUCUGAAUUGGCACGAGCGAAUCAAACACAAAGUUUGUGCUCUUGGGCAGUGGUUCAGGUUAGCGCACCAUGACAGACUACGUGACCGUAAGUCAACUUUCACCGCCGAGGGUAUUGAUUGCCACCACCCCCAGUACCAGGUUCUGCCCGUCAACCCAUCGCCACGAAAACAUGUAACGUGUUCAAAAUUCAAUGAAGGGACAACGAAUAUCACGCCUUCAAUCUGGCGCACAAAACAUCUCGCAAGCAAUAACCUUCAACUGUGGGAUUCCACGCGGGUUCUUGGUGUUCCACUCUCAAGUUUAUCCUUUCACUCUGGAGUGAGAAGUUUCUGCUGCCCUAGUCCAAAAAAGCCUAUUUUGGACGAGGAGCUAAGUCCAGCGCAACAGGAUUCAAGGGAAAGCGCAUCUUGUCAACAACAAGAUGCUACAAAGCCACCAACCCCUCACCAUGAACAUUUUCAGUUUAAAGAACUGUAUGAAAAUCCAUGGACCAUACCAAACUUUCUGUGUAUGGCUAGGAUCAUGCUAUCCCCAGUUUUGGGUCACCUGAUAAUAGAGGGGUACUUUCACAUGUCACUUGGCCUUUUCAUUUUGGCUGGAGCCACUGACUUGCUGGAUGGCUGGAUUGCACGAAAUUGGCCAAGUCAGAAGUCUGCCCUGGGUAGUGCCCUCGACCCGCUAGCUGACAAGAUCCUCAUCAGUGUGCUCUACGUCAGUCUGACCUAUGCCAGCCUCAUCCCAGCUCCCCUCACUGCUCUGGUCAUCUUCAGGGAUGUUGGCCUUAUCGCUGCUGUUUUUUAUGUCCGAUACAAAACUGUUCCUCCCCCAGUGACUCUGAGCAAGUUCUUCAACCCGUGCUACACCACAGCCCAACUGAAGCCAACAUCACUAAGCAAGGUGAAUACUGCUAUUCAGUUACUCCUUGUGGCAGUCUCUCUGGCGUCGCCAGUUUUCCACUACACAGACAGCAUUUGGCUCCAGUCUCUGUGGUACAUCACUGCUCUGACAACAGUAACAUCAGGUUACAGCUACUACCACUAUGGUAGAAAGACUGUUAAAAUAUUGAACAAUACAAAGUAAAUGUAUUGUGAAAAACAACACACUUCUAAGCAAUAGCAGCCGGAACAGAUGUUGGAUAAUCAAGCUGAGGAAAUACACGGAUAAGAACUCUGAAGCGAAGACCUUGCUCACUAGAUGUUUUCUUUUAAAGUCCCAGUUGAUUUGCUGUCUCCAAACAGAAUCGUUUCAUCAAUGGUGAUGAUAAGCAGCUAUUCAAAUAAGUUGAUCAAUACUUGUUCCUACUGCUAUUUUUUUUAAACAUCCUGUUUGGAUCAUCAAUGAAAUGUUUUCUGAUUAAAGAAAAAAAUGACAGAAGAUGAAACCUGAA